AUGUAAACAUGGCCGACGAGAAAAAUUCCUUCGAGUUGCAUCAAAGUGUGUUUAAUGGCGACGUACGAAGGGUUUCUGCUCUCAUUCGGUCUUAUGACGUUGGCAGGAAGGAUAGGCAUGGAAAUACACCACUUCACCUUGCUGUUAUGUUGGGGCAUAAAGAAUGUAUACAUCUGCUCCUAGCGCAUGGUGCCCCGGUCAAAGUCAAAAAUGCUAAUGGUUGGAGUCCCCUGGCUGAAGCCAUCAGUUAUGGAGACAGACAAACUAUCACAGUAUUAUUGCGGAAGUUGAAACAGCAGUCUCGAGAACACAUGGAAGUCAGAAGACCCGACCUCGUUCGAGCGCUGUCACAAAUGGGAGAUUUUUACAUGGAGCUGAAGUGGGAUUUUCAGAGUUGGGUUCCGCUUGUGUCCAGGAUGCUACCGUCCGAUAUUUGUAAAAUCCACAAAAAGGGAGCCGCUAUUCGCUUGGACACUACACUUGUGGAUUUUAAUGAUAUGCGAUGGGAGAGAGGAGACAUCAGCUUCUUGUUUUCUGGCAGUUCCAAACCAUCACACUCACUAACUGUACUUGACAACAAACUUAAAGUAUAUCAGAAUAUUCGGCAUGAGGAAACAGAGGCAGAAAUGGAAGACGAGGUGGACAUUCUCAUGAGUUCAGAUAUUGUGGCAGCACAAAUGUCGACAAAGCAAAUCACCUUUUCUAGAGCUCAGACAGGUUGGAUAUUCAGAGCAGACAAAAAGGAAAUGGUUGGCAAGUUUAAUGCCGAUUUUUAUUACCUAAAUGGGUUGACGAUAGAAUCUCGGAAAAGAAGAGAACAUUUAAGCGAGGAAGAUUUGCAGAAGAACAAAGCCAUCAUGGAGAGCUUCACAAAAGGCAGUGGAACACACUCGUUUGAUGAGACUGUCAGACGAGCAUCCUUAGAACCCCCUACAAACGAGCCAGUGUCGUGGGAGACGUAUAUUGAAGCAGAAGCAGGGAAACCGCCUCCACUAGGACGAAUGCUCAUUUGCAAGGAGUCUUCAAAGUCCUUUAAAGCUACAGUAGCAAUGAGUGAAGAAUUCCCUCUUACAGUUGAGAUGCUCUUGAAUGUCUUGGAAGUUAUUGCUCCCUUCAAGCACUUUGCAAAGCUGAGGGAAUUUGUCCAGAUGAAACUCCCCUCAGGUUUCCCGGUCAAAAUUGAUAUCCCAAUCUUGCCAACAGUCUCAGCAAAAAUUACAUUCCAAGAGUUUGCAUUUAGAGACGAUAUUCCAGAUUCCUACUUUGAAGUCCCUACAAAGUAUAGGGAAGAUCCAAAUAGGUUCCCUGAAUUAUGACGGUAUGAGGACCUAAGUCUUGUGAGUAUCUCCAGUGUGCAGGAGCCCCAACAACCGCAUGAAUAUCGUGUCACUGGAUCAAGGAUUGGUGAAUCUUCAUUAACUGGUGCAUGCGUCAGUACUGCCAGAUGUGGAGGGUAUGGAGGUACGGCCCGUCUGCUAACCCUUCUCCCGUGUACCACCCCACCUCUGCUCACUCCGUCACAGUGUACAGCACAGCUGUCGUCACCCUUCCAGCUAGAAUGUGGAAGACAAGGACUUUCCAGGGAGCCCUCCUUUUAUGCCAUAGCCUCAGUACAGUCUGGUUCUAGUCACAAUCAAGCAGACUCUGCUUGUGAUACAUGGGAUCCUGAAACAUCUAGGAAGGACAUGAGUAGACAGAGUUGCAGUUCGAUGCUUCAUGACUUGAAAGGACAAAACUCAAGUUAUGUAGUGUCUGGGCCCUCAAAGCAGACGAGUAACUUGAAGUAUAAUGAUGAGUGUGAGUGUGAGUCAGAUGCCAGAUUUAAGAAUGGUGAGUUAAUAAUUAAUGCAGCUAAUGCAGCAGGGACAAUGGAGGCAUUGGAAGACUUGGCCAAUCCCCAGAUGUUAACAGCAGUGCCACAGACAGAAUAUAUAGUGGUGGAUGUACCAUUACAGAUGGGCAUGGGCAGCCCGUACUCAUCAUCUUUUUUCAUCCUAAUUGACCGCUGACACAAAGGGGCAGUCUCUUGGUUACUUGUCCAUCAUUGCAAAUACCGAGUUGUGAGUAUAGUUAAACUUCCUUUUAGAGUUUAGAUACUUGAUAGUUCCCCUUCCCUCCCCCAAACAGGGUUGCAUUUUCCUUGAUGUACUAUGAAAUCAGAAUGUACCCAUACUGUAAACCCUGACAAGGCUCAAAACGGCUGACCAUGUCUCAGAAGUGUAUGGCACACCUCAUGGGCACCUCUUUUGUUUCAAGGUCAGUUAUUGAAGACUGUUCAAACAUUAUGACAUCUAAGAUAUUUUUGCAGCAGCCUGGUUCAAUUGUUAAUAUGCACUUGAAUUUAACUAUAGAAAAUGCCACUGUAGAUUAGCUUCCAGUAGUACAGUAGAGUGAAGAUCUCCACAUUAAAAAGUACGAAAUAGUUUUAUGUAGAGAGCUAAUUGCAUUGGAAAAUCAUGAUUUUAGAAGUGGAAUAGUUUUGUCAACCAUUGUUGUAUUGAUUCUUAAUGUUUGUUUCUUCAAAGAAGAAGAGUUGUUCCAUACCUCAAAACUCUGUGAGCAUUUUCAGGGUUGAUUUAAUAUUCUGCAACUUUAUUAUCCUUGGAAAAUGUGAACAGAAGUUUUGUUGUCUGUUGUUCAUCUCUCUUUCAUGUAAGUGAAAUGAAUGAUGGCAUUAUAUAUAUACUGUGAUGAGAAAUUUAACUAUAUCUUACAUGUAGAACUCAUAUCUAUUUUCUUUGAUGUGCAUUGUAAUCAUUUGAUUUGGAGAUUCAUGAAAUAUAUUGGUGUAACUAAUUUUAGGAAUAGUGAACAACUUUUCUUCAAAGAUAGGGGAACCUUGAGUUUUUAGCUCACUGAAAAUACAAGUACCAGGAUAGGAAUUUUCCAUAGCUAUCUUAUCUAAGUAACAUGACACUGGGUGAUGUGAUUUUUAGAAGUGUAUUAUCUAUAUACUUUUCAAAAGUAACAUUUAUCUUUCUUGAGUUAUUAGAAUUCUUAUUAUUUAGUAUAAUUUAGGAAAUAUGAUUUCAUACUGAGUAUUACUAACUGCCAUAUAAAUGAUACUAUGACCAAUGUUAUACUGUAGGUCUUAAACGCAUUCUCUGUUAUAAUGGGACUUGUGGUAGCGUGUCCCCUACAAAUCAUAGAUGAGAUUGAGCAGCAUUAGAGCUAUUACAGGGGAUAUAAAGAUAACGAAUGUGUAUUGCUGACAGAGACAGUGAAUGGGUUAAAAUCCUUUUUGUUACCUCAUAUUUAUUUGGGAAAACUGUAGAGAAGUUCCCACUUUCUUCAGGCUUCUAUAAUUUACAGGCAAUUAUUUAUAGCUAUAUAGACCAAAGUUCUCAAGCACAAUGAUUAGUAAUUUGUAUAAUACUUUGCAUCCUUUAUGGGGUUAUCACACAGGCCUAGUAUGCUAGUAACUGGAGACUUUAAUAUUCAUGAAUAACCUCAGGUCCUGGAGGGUGCCCUCUCAAGGCAACUAUAUCCUUGUGCUGGUAAAUCUGCACUGACCUGAAAUGUACAACAAAAAUAAUGACAGGUGAUGGGUGGCACGCUUAACCAUGACAUCAUUUAUGGCUUUUGCAACAGCAACACAAUCCCGUUAGUCAUUUAUCUGUGUUGGUUUUCUUCAUUUGCUUGAAUUAUUUAUAUUCCUGUGUAAGAAUAUGAUUUUACAAUUUAAAUUUCAUUCAAAGAAAAACAUGGCUAAGAAUCUAUAGUACAGAUAUUGUAUAUUUGAAAAUGCUGAUCUCGGGUGUGUUUGCAAGAUUGGCAAAAUCCAGAAAGAAUCCAGAAAAAUGGAUAUUGCCAUUCUUUGUCAACAUUAAGAAGAGAGUAAUAAAAUUACAAAAUAGAGUAUUCACAGCCUUUUAUAGUCAAGGAUUAUAAACCCUGUAUGAUAACCCCUUAACUACAGAAAUGUCCAAUAUCUUCUGCCUUGAAAUGAAACUAAAAUCUCUCAGCACAUAUGCAUCUUACACACACACACAUUACAUCCACAUAGCUUACACACUCAUUCAUUGCAAACAUGGUUCAUGCAUGUACUUAAUAUAUAUGGAUACAUACAUAUAUGCAUUCAUAUUUACAUACAUACAAAUAUGUGUACAUAGAUACACUUAAGUAUACUCAUACACAUGUAUAUAUCCAUACACAUUAACCCAAAGCCAAUGGGUGUGGCAUGUAUGUACAUCCCUUGCCCACUGUGAGUUUACUUUAUUAUUUGUUUUUACACAUAGAUGGCUACACUUGUACUAAGUCACAAAUAUGCCAUUUACGAGUACUGCCUGUCUCGUCUGUUUAUCCUUUUCCUUGAUUUUCAAAAGUAUUUUACUUUAUCUUACAUUGCUUUACUAAUGUUCAUAACUUCAUAGUAAUUAUAAUGUCUAAGAUAAAAAUAACUCCAUUGAUAUUCAUAGCAAUAGUAAAAAAAAUGGUUUUCCUGCAAAUUCAAGGAAAGGUGAAAUCAGGGAAGGUCACAAGGUCUACUAAUUGACUCCUUUGUGGCGAAGCAAUUGCAGAGACAUUUCACAGCAUUUUCCCAGCGACAUUGAGUUUACAGGCUCAUUCACAUGCAUAUAUGCAUACACAUUAACAAUCUCAUACACAUGCUUAUAUGCAUGCAUGCUUAUAUAUAUUUUCAUGCACAUAUGCAUACACAUAUUCAUAAAUAUACUCAUAUGCAUACACAUAUUCUUACACACAUGUAUACACAUAUAUAUCCAGAGACAUGCCCAUACCCAUAUCCAUACCUGUACCCAUACCAAUACCCAUACCCAUAUCAAUACCCAUACCCAUAUCAAUACCCAUACCCAUAUCCAUACCUAUACCCAUACCCAUACCCAUACCCAUACCCAUACCCAUACCCACACCCACACCCAUAAUCGUACACAUACCAAUAUACUUACACAUACCUAUAUUCAUAUGUAUACACACAAACACACACACACACACACACACGAUUAAUGCCUUCACUUUUAUUUGGCUAUAUUUUCUGUUCUGUAUAAUCUAGCACUCUCUCUGGCCAUGUGAACAUUUAAUUCACCCUACUGAAAGUGAAUCCAAACAUGUUUUAGAGUGCAGUCAAUCAGAAAUCAGAAUUCAAACUUUUCUCAUUCAAUAGAUCAGUGUUUGGGUUAUUUUACUGUUCAGGUCACUGAUUAGCCAGUUAGUGCUCUUCAAGUCUGUGUGGUGCUGAGUCCUAGAUUACCAGUAGCAAAGUGCCAAUAGAUUAGUUAUUGUAGAUUAUGAUUUAUUAUUAGUAUUAUUAUUAUUAUUGUUUUAUUCAUUUAUUUGUAUUUUAAUGCAAUUUCCUUGUUUUGUUCCAUAUUUGAUUAUUCUUUAAAAUAAUCAUACCUUCAGUGGCCCUGUUAGCCAUAUCAUAGAGCUCGUAGUCUGUAUCAGCUCAGUCUUAGUCUAUAGAUUUGGAUAUGUUCAUAGGUAGGAAGGAAAAAUAAAAUAGCUGGCACCUUUAGGAUUUCAUGGAUGUCCAGAGUUCCUAUUACUGUGGCGAAUUCUGGCGUAGUCCCCCAUAGACAGAUGAGCGUGUAGUUUUUAUCCGUGGCAAAACAUCAUUUUUCAUGACCUCCUCUUUGAAGUUGAGCUGGGAAUAGAAGAGAUGACACUGUCUGACAUCUCCACUGCCAUAACCAAAUAUGUACUUGCGAGUCAGUCAAGAUGACCAUCUUUUUGGUGACAUUGAUGAAUAAAUUGUGUUUUGUAUUAAAGAAAGAACUGGCACUUGUCAUUUUAUAACGUUUGUCGGGCCAUGUUUUUGCAUGCGAUGUGCUGGUGCUGUAGUCUCUUUCCUUGCAGGCUAUGGCAUGUAGCAAAGGAAAAAUUAAUAAAGGAAUGGUUAGGUUUACUAAACAAAAUAUUCAGUAUUUUUGUAAAAUAUAAAAAAGGUUAAAAAAAAACAAAAAAAACA